AGGUGAGGCUUUCCUGCAUUACUCACCACAGAGACCUGACGCCGUCUCCACGACAGCUCCACUUUGGACUUCUCAGGAUUACUUGAAAAUGUUUACGGGUCCUGCCACGCACAAAAACUGAGUAAACGAAGUUAACUAAUCACGAGAAAACAACUCAUUGAGCCACAGGACUGAAUACAACAACUAACUAACUGUUUAAAACGGUUUAUUACAGUUCAUGCUGUAAAAUUACGUGGAAUUACAAAGUGUGUUGUCUUGUGGGACGGUUUUUUUUUUAUUUAUUUUUUUAUUUUAUUUUUUUUAAGAAAACCUCAAAAAAAAAAAGUCAAGACCAUUUCAAUUUAGUGUCGUGUCAGUAUCGCGCUUCUUACGAGUUGCAACUUUAUUUGGGGAUGUUGAGCUCCGUGAAGAUGGAAUCUCAUGAAAUUCCGGAAUGGAAUGCUUUCUACAGUGAGGCAAGUGAGAUGUAUUCCUCUCCGAGCGCCAUGAACUCAGUGAGCAGCUUGAACAGCUACAUAAAUCUGAACUCGGCCUGUUCCACAUCCAGCAUGAAUAUGGGCUAUCCCAGCGCAGGUCUCAACAGCAGCCCAUUGAGCAGCAUGGGUGGAGGCCCCAACCACAUGAGCUUGUCCCCUGUCGGCUCCUCUCUGAACCACAGUUCUCUGACCCAGCUGGGCUCUUCUGCCUCCUCCCUGGGUCCCCUCUCGCAUUACCAAAGCAUGGGUCAGCCAAUGUCCCAGAUCAGCUACCCCUCUCCUACCUCUCUCAACCGGACUAAGGAGAUGCCAAAGCCGUACCGUCGCUCGCUGACCCACGCCAAGCCACCGUACUCCUACAUAUCCCUCAUCACGAUGGCCAUCCAACAGUCCAACAGCAAGAUGCUGACGCUCAAUGAAAUCUACCAGUGGAUCAUGGAUCUGUUCCCGUACUACCGCGAGAACCAGCAACGCUGGCAGAAUUCCAUCCGACACUCUCUGUCCUUCAACGACUGCUUCGUCAAAGUGGCGCGUUCCCCCGACAAGCCCGGCAAGGGCUCCUACUGGGCACUUCAUCCCAAUUCCGGGAACAUGUUUGAGAACGGCUGCUAUCUGCGUCGCCAGAAGCGCUUCAAGCUCGAGGAUAAAUCUGGCAAAAAGAGCUCGGCGAAGUCUCAGGAGGGCGGCAGCAGCGCCAAGGGCGGCCACAGCGGUGAGGGGAUUGAAGAGGAGCACAGUCCCGCCACCGGCUCCGAAGGUGCCGACUCUGCCCAUUCCGACAGCUCCCAUGCCUCGGAGGAGCAACAGAGGAGCCUGGUGCAUAUGGAUUGCCCGUCUCAGGCCCCCAACCUUUCGCACAGCUCGCCAGUGCCAAUUCCAUCUGCAGUGUCCUCCUCCAUGCCCCCGUCCGACUCGCACCUGCACUCUCAGGGAAUGGGCGGCAGCCCUCACCUGUUGGCCAGCCCGAUGCAGCACCUGGAUCUGCAGAACGACCCACUGAAGUCCAUGGACCCCCACUACAACUUCAACCAUCCAUUCUCCAUCACCAACCUCAUGUCCAACGAGCAGAAGAUGGACCUCAAGUCGUACCAGGACCAGGUGAUGGCUUACAACAGCUACACCACAACUUCUCCAGUGGCCACCAAACAGAUCUAUGACAGUGCAGGUCCGUCCGCCAUUGACUCUGGUGCGUACUACCAGACCCUCUACAGCAGGUCUGUCCUCAAUGCCUCCUAAUGUGUUUACAAGCCAUUUGAACUGUACAGACUCUUAAUGGCGGGACUCUUACAUCUUCAACACAGAGCUUGCUUUGCCAUUAAUAACUAAGCUUCGGUUCCUGCACUCUUAAAAAUAAAGGGGGUUUUCACAGUGAUGCCACAGAAGAACCAUUUCUGGUUCCUCAAAGAACCUUUCAGUGAACAGUUCCAAGAAGAACCAAUGGAGAAUCAUGAGAGUUUCCAUGGAUGAUUGGUUGACUGCAGCCUCAAGGUUCUUCACGGAUCCAUGCCAAUAAAUAACCUUUAUUUUUAAGAAUGUGCUGAGAAAAGUGCUUUUACCAGAACCAAGGAUCGAGUUCCAAUGCUUUUUUUUCCCCCAGAAACGAAUUUAAUUAACGUAUAUUCAGG